GGUGGUCGACGACGCUGUCGCAAAGCAUGUUGUCGAAGCUUUUUACAAGAACAUGGUCAAAGGUUUGGAGGAUGGUGAUAUGAUGGACUGUACGAAGGCGGCCUGGGCACUCAACCGUGCUACAAAUGCCGUGAAGACGAAAGUGCCGCUCGAGCAGAGGAUGGUUUUCAUUCAUAUUGGUGUGUAGUUCUAUGUCGCAUUGCGUUGAUAUGGUACAGUUCUUCAAGUUAUUCUCUUUCGUCUAUGCUGUACUUAGAGUUGUAGGAAUCACCGGAUUACCCUCUGUGUCUCACCCGUGCUCUAGCCAUCUUGUUUUCGCUUUCACAGUAAUGUUGUCUGUUCUAGAGUCUUCAGUAAAGUCAUUUGUUGCUCGAUCACAACGCGUGUAUUCGAAUGUUAGCGAUGUCGUUUUCAGCUCGGAAACGAGUUGACCUUCUA